AUGCCCAUCCCUUGGGAAGCUCUCAUUCCGUUCGGACUGCUCACGAGCAUGUUCGUGGUAGCCGGGAGCGCGCUGAACGUCUCCAAGCACGCACAGAACCAGGGAAAGCCUAUCCGGUACCACAUCGAUGCUUGGGACGAGAUGAUGAUGGACCGUGACAAGCGGCUGACGGGGCAUUUGAGAGGGCAGGCGUCGGAACCCAAAGCGCCAGAAGGCUUCGCAACAAAUAGCGAGUGGUACACAGAGCGAGUGCAAUGA